CGCCCCGCCUGAGGUCGGGAGGGGCGUGAGGGGCGCGGGCCCGCCUCCUGCCUCCUGCCGCAGGAGCGGCCGCGCGAACAGCAAGCCGGAGGAGGAGCAGUGGCGCCGGGCUUCUCCCCGCGGGAGCCCCCAGCAUGGUUGACUAUAUCGUGGAGUAUGACUAUGAUGCUGUACAUGAUGAUGAAUUAACUAUUCGAGUUGGAGAAAUCAUUAGGAACGUGAAAAAGCUACAGGAGGAGGGAUGGCUAGAAGGAGAACUAAAUGGAAGAAGAGGAAUGUUCCCUGAUAAUUUUGUUAAGGAAAUUAAGAGAGAGACAGAAUCCAGGGAUGACAAUUUGCCCAUCAAACGGGAAAGGCAUGGGAAUGUAGCAAGUCUUGUACAACGAAUAAGCACCUAUGGACUUCCAGCUGGAGGAAUUCAGCCACAUCCACAAACCAAAAACAUCAAGAAGAAGACCAAGAAACGUCAGUGUAAAGUUCUCUUUGAGUACACUCCACAAAAUGAGGAUGAACUGGAGCUGAAAGUGGGAGAUAUUAUUGAUAUUAAUGAAGAGGUAGAAGAAGGCUGGUGGAGUGGAACCCUGAACAACAAAUUGGGAUUGUUUCCCUCAAAUUUUGUGAAAGAAUUAGAGGUAACAGAUGAUGGUGAAACUCAUGAAGCCCAGGAGGACUCAGAAAUUGUUUUGACCGGGCCUACCUCACCCUUACCCUCUCCGGGGAAUGGGAACGAAACUGUACUUGGACCAAUUGCUCAGCCAAAGAAAAUUCGAGGAAUUGGAUUUGGAGAUAUUUUUAAAGAAGGCUCUGUGAAACUUAGGACAAGAACAUCCAGUAAUGAAAUAGAAGAGAAAAAAAUUGAAAAGCCCUUACUCAUACAGUCAGUAGGAUCCAAAACUCACAGUAUGGAGGUAACAAAAAUAGAUACUGAAGGUAAAAUUAAAGCUAAGGAAUAUUGCAGAACAUUAUUUGGUUAUGAAGGUACUAAUGAAGAUGAACUUAGUUUUAAAGAGGGGGAGAUAAUCCAUUUGAUAAGUAAGGACACUGGAGAGGCUGGCUGGUGGAGGGGUGAACUUAAUGGAAAAGAAGGAGUGUUUCCAGACAAUUUUGCUGUUCAGAUAAGUGAACAAGAUAAGGACUUUCCAAAACCAAAGAAACCACCACCUCCUGCUAAGGGUCCAGCUCCAAAGCCUGAUCUGAUAGCUGCAGAGAAGAAGUAUUUUCUUAUAAAGCCUGAAGAAAAAGAUGAAAAAUCAACUGUAGAACAGAAACCUUCUAAACCAUCUGCUCCACAAGUCCCGCCCAAGAAGCCUACCCCACCCGCCAAAGCCAAUAAUUUAUUGAGAGCUCCUGGAACAGUGUACCCAAAGCGACCUGAAAAACCAGUUCCUCCACCGCCUCCUAUAGCCAAGAUUAAUGGGGACGUUUCUACCAUUUCAUCAAAAUUUGAAACUGAGCCAGUAUCAAAACCAAAGGUAGAUUCUGAGCAGUUACCACUUAGACCGAAAUCAGUAGAGCUGGACUCCUUUGUAGUAAGGAGCCCAAAAGAAGCAGAUCUUGUAAAUUUUGAUGAUAUAGCAUCCUCAGAAAACUUACUACAUCUCACUGCAAAUAGACCUAAGAUGCCUGGACGAAGGUUGCCUGGUCGCUUCAAUGGUGGACAUUCUCCAACUCAAAGCCCAGAAAAAAUCCUGAAGUUACCAAAAGAGGAAGAAGAUAGUGCCAACCAAAAGCUACCUGAAUUUAAAAAGGAUACAAGCUACUCUCCAAAGCCAUCUGCAUACCUUCCAACACCUGCAAAUGCUUCUUCUAAACCAAAUAUGGCUGCUUUCCUAACUCCAUUAGAAAUCAAAGCUAAAGCAGAAACAGUUGAUGGGAAAAAAAAUCCCCUGGACGAACUCAGAGCACAGGUUAUUGAAUUACUCUGCAUUGUAGAAGCACUAAAAAAGGAUCAUGGGAAAGAACUAGAAAAACUACGAAAAGAUUUGGAAGAAGAGAAGGCGAUGAGAAGUAAUCUAGAGACAGAAAUAGAGAAGCUGAAAAAAGCAGUUCUGUCUUCUUGAGGUGGUGUGGACCCAGUGUUCUUAAUGUUCCAGGGAUUUGGAAGCGACACUAUGAACUUCAGCUGACUUGUUACUGAAAAAUAACAAAAGUUGGUGUUGUGAUAAAGAAAAAUGAGCUAUAAUAUCUAUAGAAAAUUAGGGAAAGGGUAAAUUUUUUAUAUAUAUUUUGUUUUGCCAAUAUGAAAAAAAAAAAAAAAGAGGCCUUAUUAUUGUGCUGGAAUUGCAAACUUUCUUUUUGUUUUUAGUUUGCUUGAAAAUACUACUGAAUCUGUAUAAAAAGGAAAGAAAGUUCAUAAUAGUUUUUUUUAUUGAAACUUGUAGUAUUAUUUUUAAAAAAGAUCUAUACUAUAAAUAUGGUGAUAUCUUUACAAGUAAUCUGUAAAAUAUACUAUUUGAGAGGGCAGUUUAGCUUUAUAAUAACUAUAGUCACUACUUUUCCCAUAAUACAUAAGGGAUAUAAACUUUGUAUAUAUAUAUAUUUUUUACUUUUAGCUUUCUUACCCAGGAUUACACUGUUGUGCCUGUUUGUCUGCAAUGCUGUUUAUACUUUGGGUGAUGAAGUAGGAGUUUUCCUAGCUAUAAACCAGAUUAUUCACCCAUGCAUAUAGUAAUAACUAAUGAAAUAAUCAAAAUAAUUUCUUCAAUUUUUAGAUUAUUUCACAUUGCUUGCACUAUAGGAUUCAUAAAAGGAAUUUAGUUAAAAUGUAUUGAAUUGUUAAAUGUAUUUGGGAAAAUGUGAGUUUUAUUUCAAAUUCAUUAGAUCUAAGAAGUCUAAAACUGUCGAUUUAACCCUUCACUUGGUGUGCCUACAAACUACAGCACAUAUAUGCAAUUACCAGCCUUAUUGCUGUAUUCUUCUGCUUAUUUUAUAGGUUCAGAUAUUACUCAUUUCAUGAUUUUAUAGUUUAAUUCUUCAUGGCCUUUUCUCUGAUUUUUAAUAAUGUUAGCAUUAGGAAAACGGAACUCAAAGCUUUCAGAACUUCAGUGUGAGGUUUCAUAUUUUGACAAAUAAUCAUCAUGUAAACGCUCAGGUUUUUCAUUGUGUGAUCUUCCUAAUAGACCGGGUUAACUAGUGGAGAUAUUUUGGACCGCCGUUUAGGUACCAACUUUGUAGGGUGUUACCCGUUGCCAUCGAGUCGAUUCUGAUGCAUAGCAAGCCCCUAGGACAGAGUAGAACUGCCCCAAAGGGUUUCCAGGGGGUGCCUGGUAGAGUCGAACUGCUGGCCUUCUGGUUAAUAGCUGUAACUCUUAACCACUAUGCCACCAGAGUUACCAUUAGUACAUCAUAAAAUAUAACAUUACAGCUUCUUUAAAACCAAAUAUAGCCUACUGUAUUCAAUAUGCAUUUUCACAAAAUGGGUGAAUUAGCAGUUUUUUUCCGAGUCAUUUGUCAUCAGUUGAGUAUUUAAAGUGUUCUAUCUCUAGGAAAUAUGUAUAAAAACAUGGGUUUAUAUUAAAAACUAUUUGACAUUUUUUUCACUCACAAAAACACUAGGUUUUAAGCUUUGUUAUAGCAAAUGAUUUUCAAAUUUUUGAGUACCAACUGUCAUGCUUCCAUUGUAUUUCAUUUUAAACAACCUAACUGAUAUUUUCCUUUAAAUUUUAGUUUUAACUGAAAUCUUGUGUAAUUGAAGUUUUCUCAUGUUUCAAGUAAAAGAGAACUGAAAUAGAAAUGAAUAGAAAUGCCAGUACAUGAUAACUUAAUGACUGAUUCACAGCUUACAUGAGUGCUUUUGGGAAAAGCUGAGUGUGCACUGAGGUGUGCAUAUUACCCCUUUAAAGCCUUCGAGCUCUUCUCCUAAUGAGAUCACUCCUGGACAAAAUUGUUCCCUCCUGUUCUAAAAUAUUAGAAUAAUGAAUCAAUUGAAUAAUGUCCUUCUUGGUAAUUAAAUUGUUUUUUUUUCUUUUAACAGUUCUGUCCUUAGAUAAAAAUAAAAAUAAUGACAGUGUAUCCUAGAAAUCACCCUUCAGCUUUCUCAAUGGGAAAUCUAUUAAGUGGUCCUGCUCCUCAGUAAUGGGGUGUGGAAGUUUCUGGCAGAUUUCAGACUGUUUUCAAAAGUUUUUGUUGGUCAUUUUCUCACUAAGCAUAAAAUCAAGAUGGUCGUGAGUAUUGAAAUACAUUUAAAAUUUUUGCUUGUGUAUUCCUCAGUCAAAAUAGAAAAGUAUUUGAAGUAUUCAUGUCUCAGUUUUUCUGUUUGACCAGAGUAAAGAAAAGAAAACCAAACUCAAAGGAAAAAAAUGAUUCCUUUAAUCUAGCAAUUUACUAGUAUUUGUUCUUGAUAUGGGAACUUGUAUUCCCAUUCUUAAAGUUUGUAUCACAAAAUGGUGUGUAAUCGUAGUCUUUACCUGGGAGUAAAUCGUUGAAUAAUUUGCCUUUUUUUUUUUUUAAUGUGAGUAUAACACACUCUAAAGGUGAAAAGUAUGGAGUCUGUCAUUGCCAAAUUAUAGGUGAAUGUAUUAUUUAUGUUUCUUAUUCUCUGAAACACAUAAUAUUGCUAAUUACCUAAUUGUAUUCCAGUAUUGUGAGUAAAAAAAAAAAAAAAAAUUUUUUUUUUUUUUUUUAUUGUGAGUAGUUUUGUGUGACCAUUAAGCUUCUGUCUUAUUUUAAAGUUGUUACCUCUUUAUAAAGCUUAAGUCUGAACAUGCAAAGAGAGAAUGGGCCUGGUGUAACAGAGGAUUCUUUUAUGCUUCUUACAGUGAUUACAGGGGGAAAAAAAAAGUGCUCUUUCGGUAAACAUUUUAUCCAUGCAUUUAAACUUGAAAUGUGUGAACAGAAUGAGACAAUCAGUUAAAAUCAGAAAUGAGAAGUAUUGUAAUCUAGUGGCCUUGUUUUGCUGUAGCAAUAAAAUGACCAAGUGCAAUGACUUGAUUUAAUAAAAUUAUCUUUUAAAAGUU